AUGAGUGUCCCUGCUAAUCUCUACGCCGGAUUAAACGAUAUUGUUGAUGUCCUAGAAGAGUUUCCCGUGGAAUCCUCAAGAUACCUAACUCUACUACAUGAGAUUGAUGCUAAAUGCGUACAUUCAACCCCACAACUGAACAAAGAAAUUGAUAGAUUUAUAUCAAAAUCAAAUGUUUCAAACGCCUCUCAAAACUUGGCAAAUAUUAACCAGUUGUUCCAGGAACUAAUGCCUUCGCUGGAGGAAAAAAUGCAUGUUUCAUCAAUAAUGCUAGAAUCUUUACAACACUUGACAUCGAGAUUGGAACUGGACUAUGAAAUUGCAAUCAAAAAUCAAGAAAUUCCCUCCAAACUUCGAGUCGGUGUCGAUAAUCAUCCUGCUAUGCACCUACACUACGAACUAAUGAGUAAGAUUGAUGCAAAGAACCAUCAUGCGCAGGGCGCAAACAACGGUGGUAACGGUAAUGGUAGUAGAUCUUCACAGGCACUAAAGAGUGAAUCCCGCAGAGAGGCCAUGGUCGCCAACAAGAAACCACUACCAAUUCAAGAUACCCCUUUAAUGGCCACUACACCUGAUGAGGAUUUCAAAGAUGAUCCAAAUACGAAGAAAAGAGCCAACAUUGCGCUACCACCGCGUAAUGUUGGUCCACCUGACAAGAAACGUAAAAGAAGAGCAAACGUUAGCACGGUGGCAAUCCCUUCCACAAGUCCACCUGUGUCCUCUGUGGAUCCAGGAAAUCCAAAAAUUAACGAAUUUGGUGAACCGUUGUACUGUUACUGUAAUCAAGUGGCUUACGGUGAAAUGGUUGGAUGUGAUGGUGCAAGUUGUGAACUGGAGUGGUUCCACCUCCCAUGUAUCCAUUUGGAUCACCUACCCAAGGGGAAAUGGUAUUGUGACGACUGUAAGCGCAAGAAGAGCUGA